GUAACGCGGGGAAUCGUACAAACGUUCAUUGGUGACCAUGGAGUUUACAUGGUGAGCCCAUGUCUGAUUACUACCAUUUUGACACUUCGUGUAUUCUUACGCAACCGACGAAACAGGAAACAGAUAAGGAUCAUGACUUGUCCAUCGGUGAAACCGGAGGUGUUUCACUCCAUGCUCCAUGUUAAUGUGGACGAACUGGCCAGCUAUGACGAGUUGCAUUUGCGGCCAGUGCUACCCUGUCUGGUACGCAUGGCCCUAUGUGCCCCAGUCGACACUAGCACAGCAUGGAAAGCUAACAGGAAAAAAGUUUUACAGAUUUUGGCAAAUGUAGAGAUUGUAAACGGUAUCGUUGCAUUGCUGUCAAUCGACUUCCACGCGCUGGAGCAAGAUGCUAAAAAAGAACAGCAGCUAAGGGCUAAGAUAGGGGGAAGUCAGACAGAGAGCGUUCUCAUCUCACAGAUUCAGCAAGGGCUGGCGCGGGAGUUUGAGCAGAGUGAUCCUGAUAGAAGACUGCGUCUGCUGCUCAGUGAACUGCUCUUCAUCAUGUCGCAGAUUCGUGAUGUUCACAGAGAGUUUUUUCAGAAGCCCUCAGAACUGUUUGAGAGUGAAGUUUACCUGGAAGAAGUCUCUGAUGUCUUGUGUAUUGCCCAGGCAGAGUUGCCCGGCCUGUUGCCAGUAGAGGAAGUAGCCGAGGCUUUGUUACAUGUCAAGAACGGCAGCUGGUUACUCUGUCGCCUGGUCGCGAACACACCCGACUGUUUUAAAGGAGUGUGCCGGAGUCUGGUGACACGAGGAGAGAAGCUGAAUGAGCAGUGUCUGGACGGGGAGAGGCGGUCAGAGAUGCUGAGAAUGAUGUGUGCCAUGAGUGAGAACGAGGCCUUGGCCAUCAGAGAGCUCUGUGUCACAAACUGUACACUUCCAGGCCUUGCUGUGGCAUUGACACUACAAACUGCUCACAGUGCUGAUUCCAGUGCCAGUAAAGGCUCUGCCACAGCGUCCACCUCAGGCAGUGUCAGCGAUAUCGUCUCCUUUGUCACAGGCUUGUUGCUAGGUAACGAGCAGACUGCACGUACAUGGUUUUCACAGUUCAUUAAGAUAGGUCAGAAGCACAAAGAUUCGCGUAGCAUGGUGUACUGCCUGAGGCAAGAACUCCUGGGCGGACUUAACUCUGUGAUAAGCGGGGAAGGGUUCAGAACACGAGACGACUACGUCGUGCACCUGCGGGAUGAUAAUGUUGUACAGGCGUGUGCUUUCAUACGGCUUUACUGUGCGCUCAAGGCUAUUGCCAUGCUCAAAUUUAGUGAGGAAGAGAAUGAGUGUCUGGUGGACCUGCUGACUGCGCGACCACCGGUGACGGCUGCUGGAGCGCGUUUUGUCUGCCUCUCGCUCUCCAUGUUGAUCUCUUGUCCUGCUCUCCUCGCAACGACUGAGCAGGAGAAGCAGGUUAUUGACUGGAUUCGUUGGCUUGUGGCAGAGGAGAAAAAAUUUGAACAGCUGGGCACAGCAAGCACGUCUUAUGGAGAAAUGCUUUUUCUUAUCGCCAUCCAUUUCCAUGGUAACCAAACACAAGCAAUUGCUGAUCUCGUCUGCGCCACAUUAGGCAUGAAGAGUGGUGUGAAGGCCAAUGCCUUACAGAGAGUCCGCCAUAUCCUGACACAGGAGAUCUUUACUGAACAGGUAAUUACCUCACACGCGGUGACUGUGCCGAUAACAGAGAACCUGAAUGCGAACAUGACAGGCUUUUUACCUGUCCACUGUAUAUAUCAGCUGCUGAAAACCCGAACAUUCUCUAAGUAUAAAGUGCCCAUUAAGGGCUGGAUUUAUCGCCAGAUCUGCUCGACAUCUUCACCCCUGCACCCACUUCUCGCGCCCCUUGUCGAAGCAUACAUCACCUCAAUCAUCUUGCCAAGCACCAAGUCAGACUACUCAAACACUGCCAUCACUGAAGAUGAAGUUUUGAGGCUCUUCCACAACUCAAUCUUUGAGCCAGUCAAAAAGAAUCCUGGGGACGUUAAAGACAAUUCCGAUCCAGAGUCCUUCAGUGCCACGUCUCAGCUAUUGAUCGUCUACUAUGUACUGUUAUAUGAAGACUGUCGUUUGUCAAAUAUGAGGAGCAUUGCACUGACAAGCAGGGCACAGAAGAUCUAUUCGGACAGCUUGCUGAGCCAGCUGCCCAUCAGUUACCUGUUACAGGUGUCACAGUCUGAUCCCCAGGCUGUGGGUCUUCUGGCCUCACUACUCAGGUUGCUUGCCACUCACUACCCUCACCUCUGCCUGGUGGAUGACUGGCUGGACAGAAGCAUGGUCAAGAUGACCAGCAUACAGUGGUCACCACAGUUCAAGCAGAAUGUUCUGACCACACCUGAGACGCUAACCACAGCCUUUGAGAAGAUGUUUACAAGCCCAGCUGAUAUUGUCUCCCAACUGGAAUCUUUACUGGAGAAGGAGUCGACAGAGUUGCUUCCCUUUGCUGAGAUCCUGGUGUCAAAAUCUCCUGGCAGUUUGCCAGAAGGAGUGGCGAGGCGCGUGCAGACACUAGUAAAGAGGACGUGGUUCCGUCUUCAUUCUGUCAUGCCACGCAGACUUCGAUUGAUGACUGUCAAUGCCAUACGUCUCCAGCCAAAAGGCGUUGUCAAGCCAAUUCCUUUAACACAGAAUGAUGUCACAGUUGACCCUCUCGCUGUGCUGAGGUGUGAGGAUGUGGUAUUCAGGUGCCCACCUGUGGUGGAGGUGGUACUGCGGGUGUUGUCAAGCAUACCUGUGGCAUGUCGGGUGUACCUAUCCACCCACCUACAGGCCCACCCAAUCCUGGACAAGUCUGCACAGGUCAGCUGCGAACUGGAGAGGGAAGAUCUCAAACACGCUCUCAUCUCUGCCCAAGAGAGUGCAGCUGUUCAGAUCCUGCUCGAGUGCUGUGUCAGGGGAGAUAACUCACAGUUGAACACAGGAGAGCUGAGCAAUCUGCGUGAGACGCAGGGCCUCAUCUGCUCACACCUGCAUCAGAUGUUCAUUUCAGAUCCAAACCUCGUUAAGCUUGUACAUUUCCAGGGCUAUCCACGAGAGUUACUUCCCCUGACUGUGACUGGCAUCCCAUCCAUGCACAUUUGCCUAGAUUUUAUACCAGAAUUAAUUAGGCAACCCCAAAGAGAGAAACAGACAUUUGCGAUAGAACUUGUCGCUCACCUGUGCAGUCAGUACGCUUUACCUAAGACCCUGAUCAUGGCCAAGCUUUGUAUCAACGUCAUGUUUACAGUCCUAGAAGUGUUGCAGCGUGAUGAGCGCGUGCGGUUUUUCGUGGACACGGUGCCGUGUCUCUGGCGUAUGUGUCAGGCAUUCCCGCCCCUGUGCGAGGACGUGACCCUUCUGCUUACCCAGCUAGCCCGCAUCUGUCUGUCUGAGCUCUCUGCCAACAGUAACGUCACACAAACAGAGUUUGCUUUGGAGGGUAAGGAUUCUUCUCUGGAGGAAGCCAAUCACUCUGCAUCCAAGCGGUCCCGGGACGCUCAAGUGGUGUCCAAACGGUCAGUUGUGAAGGGUGGCUGGCAGACGUACACGGCACCGAAUCAGUACCAGCAAUUGUAUGAUCUGGUACAGCAGACCUUCUCAGAUGUGACACAAAUGGCCCUAGUCACACGCAUGGUGUACUGAUGGAUUUGGCGGGAGAUGCUGGCCAAAGAUCCGUUGUGAGUGUGAGAAGUAUCCGCAGGCCUAUCCCUGACUGCCAGUGUAAGGAGUGCCUAAGCAAGAUGACACCGCAGCCAAACAUGUGGUGUCAAAAUUAACACAGCUUCAUGCCAAAGUGUCAAAUCAGGAUGAUUAACAUAUCAUGUUAGAAUUGACACAGUGCUGUGCCAGAUACACAGUGUCCAAUCAGGAUGGCCAGGUGACCAAAAUUCUGUGCAAGAUUUGACUCAGUGCUGUGCCAGAUACACGGUGUCCAAUCAGGAUGGCCAGAUGACCAAAAUUCUGUGCAAGAUUUGACACAGUGCUGUGCCAGAUACACGGUGUCCAAUCAGGAUGGCCAGAUGGCCAAAAUUCUGUGCAAGAUUUGACACAGUGCUGUGCCAGAUACACGGUGUCCAAUCAGGAUGGCCAGAUGGCCAAAAUUCUGUGCCAGAAUUGACAAAGUGCAAUAUGAAAUGAAAUGUCAAAUCUGGACGGCACAGUGGACAGCAUGCAGUGUAAGAAUUGACACAGCACCAUGCCUCACCAUGUGUCAAAACAGGACGGUACUAUGAACAACAUGCGGUGUCUGAACUGACACC